AUGCAUCUCCAUAUUUCCACUCUCGAAAUGAAAAUCACUUUGCUGCUUAAUAGAAGGUCAGUGCAGACCUUUGAACAGCUUAUUGCUGAUAUAUCUGAAGCUCUGGGAUUGCCUAGGUGGAAAAAUGACCAUGUAAGAAAACUGUAUAACCUAAAAGGCAAAGAAAUACGUAGUGUAUGUGAUUUCUUUCGUGGCGAUGACACUUUUAUAGCUUUGGGUAAAGAACAGCUGACCCUGAAAUGCAUUGAAAUGGUGUUUAAUGAACUUUAUCCUGAUAGGCCUUUAAGACAGAAUGCAGAUCAUUGUGAAAGACUGGGAUGCAAAUUAAAUGAUAAUGGACAAACUAUAGAUAGUGGUUAUGAAGACACCGACUUGGUCAACAAAUGUUACCCUAUAUCUCCAAGACUGACAACCAAACAUGAUGUUAAGGGUCGACUCAAACAAAAGGCAGAUGAGACCAGGAAAAGCAAAAAACAAGAAAAAAUCAAAAGUGAUCAAGAACAUUUGUCUGGAAAAAUGAAAAAUCUUGAACUUUGCCAUUGCAAACCAAAUAAACCGUUGCCUUCAAUUUUAAAUAUUGGCAACCAAUGUGAGAAAUGUAAAGAAUAUACAAUUAAACAUAGAAUAUACACUGAAAUGAACAAAGAUACACAAUCAGACAAUGCUGCUUUGAAUGAUAAGUGUAGGAAAUUGGCGAUGGAAAGCUGUAAGGAAGAAAAGCCAGUUCUAAAAUGUACCAACUGUCCUCACAGAUGUAAGAACAAAAGAGAUUGUAAUGAAGUAGAGGAGAUAGGGGACAGCAGCAUAGAACUGUAUGAGAAAACACAUUGUCUCCAUUCCAGAAUGCACAGUCAUAGUAUGCAAAGACAUGAGUGCCUUAAGAAUAAAUGCCAAAGAGACAGAAGAAAAUGGGGCGGAAAACAUUCCAACUUCAUAACAUUAAACCAUAGUGGUAGACUUAUUGAGGAUUUUCUGGAAGACACAAAGGAAAACAUACAAAUAAAAGAUGACAAAACAGUGGCGGACAAUGAAUCCAACAGUAAAAGGGACAUAAUGAACAAUAUUGACUCAACAGAACAAAAGGUUGAAGGUGGAGUGUUGAAAAGAGAAGAGGAAAAGGCAGUUUGUAGCACUAGCAGACCAUGUUGUAUAAAAGACUAUCCGGAUAUACAAAUAAACUACGAGAUUGGCAGGACUAUUGGAGAUGGAAAUUUUGCAGUUGUUAAAGAGUGUAGACAUCGAAAAACUAAUGAAGAGUAUGCCAUGAAAAUUAUUGAUAAGGCUAAAUUAUUAGGAAAGGAGGAUAUCGUUAAAAAUGAAGUUAGCAUAAUAAAAAUGCUUUCCCACCCAAAUAUAGUAAAACUAAUUGAUGAUUUUGAGACUGAGAAUGACAUUUAUUUGGUAUUGGAGUACAUUAAAGGGGGGGACCUAUUUGAUGCUAUUACUGAGAGCAUUAAAUUUACUGAACAUGAUGCAGCACUUAUGAUGACUGACUUGUGCAAAGCUUUAGUAUAUAUCCACAGCAAGAAUGUUGUACACAGGGACCUUAAGCCUGAGAACCUGUUGGUACAGAAAAAUCCUGAUGGAUCUGCCACCCUGAAACUAGCUGACUUUGGACUUGCUGUGUAUGUAACAGAGCCUAUUUUCACUGUGUGUGGAACCCCAACAUAUGUGGCUCCUGAAAUACUAUCAGAAAAAGGCUAUGGUUUAGAGGUUGACAUGUGGGCCACCGGAGUUAUCUUGUACAUACUACUAUCUGGUUUUCCCCCUUUCCGAAGUCCAGAACGCAAUCAUGAAGAAUUAUUCCAGAAAAUUCAACAUGGAGAGUAUGCAUUCUUGUCACCCUACUGGGACAACAUCUCAGAAGAGGCUAAAGAUUUGAUCAGCAAAUUGCUUUUGCUCAACCCCAUGAAGAGGUUUACUGCCAAGUGUGUUUUACAGCAUAGCUGGAUCAGAACAAGUGGGCAAAUGAACAGUCACAACCUCCAGAGAGAAGUUAGCAUGAAUAUCGAACGCCAUUUCCGCAACCAGCAUCUGAAAAGAAUAGUAGAAGAAAUAACAGUCAUUUGGCAUACAUCUGUAGGGAUGAGCAUUGUCAGUUCCAUGGCAGCAUACGAUUGGGUGUAG